AUGGUAGCCGUGGCAGUAUUUUUACUGACAUUUUAUGUUAUAUCUCAAGUAUUUGAAAUAAAAAUGGAUGCAAGCUUAGGAAAUCUGUUUGCAAGAUCAGCAUUGGACACAGCUGCAUUCCCUACAAAACCUUCCAGAUAUAAAUGUGGGACCUCAAAAGCUUGCCCUGAGAAGCAUUUUGCAUUUAAAAUGAUAAGUGGAGCAGCCAAUGUGGUAGGACCCAAAAUUUGCCUAGAAGCAGCCAACGUGGUUGGGACCACUCUUUUCUUAAUGACUGGUGUUGAGAAUAAUGUUGGAAGAGGGAUCAUUGUUACCUGGGCAAAUGGGAAAAGAGAAGUAUUAGACAAUAAAUACUUUGGCAUAUGGGGAGGAGAUGUAGAACCAUUUAUUGAGUUUCUGAUGUCCAUACAAGAUGGUACAAUUGUCUUAAUGGGAACAUAUGAUGAUGGAGCAACUAAACUCAAUGAUGAGGCGCAGCAGCUCGUUGCUGAAUUCGGGAGUACGUAUAUUACUAAUCUUGGUUCCAGAGACAGCUGGAUCUUCUGUAGUAGAAAAGGCAUUAAGACAAACAGCCCUUUUGAACAGCACAUAAAGAACAAUAAGGAUGCAAAUUAG